AUGGCGUCGUACCUCUCCUACUUCACCUCCAACUCCUCCAGCCAGCCGGCGGCUCAGAAUACCACCGCCGCCGCGGCUUCGACAUGGUCGAGCACCUUUUCCUCCCGGAUAGCGACCCUGCGGAAAGCGCUAACCAAAGACUCCGAGGAGGAUGACCCAGACAAUGAAGACUGUUCACACAUCUCCAAUGUUCUGCGCGCAUAUUACACGGAGAAAGGUCGUCCAUUCCCGGAGUGGCUGCCCCCGGAUCCUAAAAGGCCCGUGACGGCUCCACUCCAGCCUCAGGGUCCGUAUGGCCAAUAUGGAAACCAAUUUCCUUCCCAGUCUGGGAACCAGCAAACACAUUCAAGAGGCUCUUCUGGGAGCAGGGCCGGAGGGCUAUCUGAUCUCUGGGACUCUGCUCCCGCAGCGACCACGGCCCCACCUCAAAGUCUCCGAGCUGCGCGGACUACUCCCAAUUUCAUGCGCUCCAAUGACUCUGCCAGAUCUCACUCAAGUGGAAAUGGUGGGACCACGUCCUUUGGCCAACCCAUCCCCAGCGCCAGGCCCCUUCCCAGCCAAAGAGCCGGAAGCUACCAGACAGCUCCUGCUGCCAACCCUGGAGCUAUGGGCUCUCGUGAUCGUCUUCGAGCUCGCUUGCAAGGUGGGGGCAGUGGAAGAAGUAGUCCUUCGUCCGGCUUGAACAGUGCUAGUCAGGGGUCAUAUGGUCCCGGGGUCGGAGACUUGGCUAACAAUCCCUCGCGAACUGGGUCUUCUCAGCCCUACAUUUCAGCCUCAGAGCCUUGGUCCACAGGCGGAGAUCCGUAUGCCUAUGACUCGGGUGGUGGCGGUGGUAGCCGCGGUGGUAGCGGCUCCUCAAAUCCGUAUGCUACCCAGGAUCAUCGCCAACGUCCCGGCGGCCCCCGAUGA